UUGGAUCGCAAGAAAACGGCUAAGAGUCUUUUUCGUGCGAGCCAGGCCAGCACGAUCCACAGCGGCAGUGAAAAGAUCGAAAGACCAACGAUAGCAUUUACCAGCCUUAUUUGUUCCUCAAGGCACUGAAAUUAGCCUCACUGGUAAGGACAUUGUAUUAUAGUGUAAUUUAGUUGUUUCUGUAGCGGGCCAGGACUUGUUAAUUAUGAAACUGAAACGAAACAUCCACCUGUUUUUGGACAACAGCAAGAAAUAAAGUACUAGUCUUCGAUCUCGAGAUUGAUAAAGGAUGACGAACUUUCUCUGUCGAUUUAGUCACUACGUAUGUUUUGAUGUUAGGGACGUUUUGCGAAGGUAUGUUGUUUAGAGGAACACCGUAGAAACAAACUUACAAAAACAACUGCGCAGUGGAUUAGAAAUCUUUUUCGAAUUUAUCGUUGUCCAUAAACAUUUUCCCCCAAUUUUCUAACCUUGUACGCUCUUAGUUGGCGGUGCAUUUUGAUGAAGAAAUUAUAAGUUAUACUUUAUUGCUGAAGAUUGUGAACUUUAUACCAAAUUGAUCGUUUGAAAGUUUUUCCUCGGAUGAAAGAUUCUCAAUUUGGAAAUUUUUCCUUGUUUGCUCCUUGAACUGUUUCAAUGCAGUUCUAAAGUUUGAAUAAUAAUCUUAACCGAUGGGUCAAGGCACAUUAAAGUGUCAUUUUUCUUCGGCAGAUAAUUGACGAAAAACCGCAACAAAACGAACACAAAAUUAGUUUUUGUCAAAUAGAAUGCAUAGUACCCUCAGGCUGCAGCUAUUUAGGGUCCUGAUUAAUGUGCGUAGAUAAACAUUUGCUUUCGAAUUCCUCGAGUGUUUUUUCAGUACAGAAAUAGCCUAUGUUCUUUUACGCGAAUGAAGUACCACUACCGGCACUAAAAGGUUUCUAAAACUUUGACUACUGUAAGUGUCUUUAAUUCACUUACAUGAAAGUUAUGUGUACCAGAUAUUUCAAACGGAAAAUAAACAAGUGCACAUUCUAGAAUAUUUAUGUUAAUAGGAAACACGCUGAAGGAGAAGGAGUUUCAUAAAACAGAUUUAGAGAAAAGGUAUAAUUGCACUGCGAUUUCUACUAUCGUCACUUUCGACUGGUAAAAAUAUUAUUAAAAGGGACGUUAUUUGGUACACUUUAUGAUUCCAUCAUCUGAUAUGUUGUGCGUGUCAAACGAAUGAAAGAACUGCUUUGUUUAGUUAGAUAAUGAUGCUUAAAAAAGCAUAGAGCAAAAAGUAUAUUACCCCCGCUACGAUUUCGUUUAAGCUGCAGAAUUUUUGGUGUGAAAAUUAUCUUUUGUUUUAAGGAAAACCGUCCAAUAGUAGAUAAAGUAGGAUGGUUAAUUAAGCUUUGUUUUCACCUCCGAUGUACAGAUCGGGACGUUUGGAUUACAAGCAAACGGUUAGGAGUCCUCUUCGUACCAGUUGGGCCAUCACGAUCCACAGUGGCAGUGGAAAGAUCGAAAGACAAACCAUACCAUAUUAGCCUUAGUGGUUCCUCAAGGCACUGAAAUUAGCUUCGCUGGUAAGUUCAUUGUGUUAUAGAGUAAUUUAUCUGUUUCUGUAGCGGGCCAGGACUUGCUUAUUUUAAAAAUGAAACAAAACAUCCACCUGCUUUUGGGCAACAUCAAGAAAUAAAGUACUAAUCUUCGAUCUCGAAGAACACUUUCGAAGAGCACUUUCGUGAUUAAACCUUUCAAACACGAAAGUGCAACCAGGGUGUUAUCUAGAGUGAAAUGAUUAAGAUUAACGGUUCAAGGCACAUUCUAGUGUCAUUUUUCUGCAGGCAAAAAAUGAACCAAUGAUGAAACCAAAGGGAAUUCAACAGUUGUCAGCAAAACAAUCGAUAUAAGGAAUUUGAUCAGAACAUUCUUGAACAUAAUUUAAGUUCGAUUGUUGUAGUAAUCAUGUCAGGCACGGGUAUCUGAAGAUUGCUUCUUCAUCUGCCUUUUUUCUUGAGUUAGGAUGCUAGAAUGGUGUGUAUGUAAAUUUCCCCCUUCCCCCUUCACCCCACUUUCGCUGAUAGGGGAGCUUUCUAGCGAGAAAUACAGCACUAGUCUUCGAUUUUUGAGAUUGAUAAAGGAUUCAAAUCCCGUACGGGCCUGAAUUUUUUUCAGGUUCUAUUUUCAACUACUCGUUUCAGUAGAGUUCUUAGCUGCGAGGAUCUUUUAAUAUCAUUUCUUGUCGAUUUAGUCGUUACGUAUGUUUUGAUGUUGAGGACGAUUUUGCGAUUGUAUGUUGUCUUAGAGAAUACCAUAGAAACAACUAUGCAGUCGAUUGGAGAUAUUUUCGGAUUCACCGUCCAUAAAAAUAAACAAGCAUACAUUCUAGAAAAACUUAUAUUGAUACGACACACGCUGAAGGAGAAGAAACUUAAUAAAACAGUUUCAGCAAAAAAAAGGUGAAAUUGCACAGCGAUUUCUUCUAUCGUCACCCUAGAUAAGUGAAAAUGUCAAAAAUGACGUUAGUUGAUGCAGUUAAUGAUUUGAUCAUUGAUAUGCUGCGUGUGUCAAAUGAACGAAAGAAUUGCUUUGUUUGUUAGACAAUAAUGCUGAAAAAAGCAAAAAGCAGAUUAGCCCCAAUACCAUUUCUUUAAAGCAGCAGAAUUUUUGGUGUGAGAAUUAUCCAUUUUUUCUGGACAACGGUAGAAUAUGGAAUAAAGUAUAAUCGGUUAUUGCACUUUGUUUUAUCUUCAAUGUACAGAUCGGGACGUUUUGAUUGCAAGCCUUGUUCUUGCGAGCCUGACCAUCACGAUCCACAGCGGCAGUGAAAAGAUCGAAAGACAAACGAUAACAUUUAUCAGCCUUAGUUGUUCCUCAAGGGACUGAAAUUAGCGACGCUGGUAAGUACAUUGUGUUAUAGUGUAAUUCAGUUGUUUCUGUAGCGGGCCAGGACUUGCUUAUUUUGAAACUGAUACAAAACAUCUAACUGCUUUUGGACAACAGCAAGAAACACAGUACUAGUCUUUGAUCUUAAGAUUGAUAAAGGAUCACGAACUUUCUUGUCGAUUUAGUCAUUGCGUAUGUUUUGAUGUUGGGGAAGUUUUGCGAAUUUAUGUUGUCUACGAGGACACCGUGGAAACAAACUGACAAAAACAACUCCGCAGUCAAUCAGAGAUCUUAUCGAAUUCGCCGCUGUCCAUGAACAUUUUCCCUUAAUUUUGUAACCUUAUGCGCUCUUAGCUGGCGGUGUAUUUUGAUUAAGAAAUUAUAAGUUACGUGUUAUUGCUGAAGAUUGUGAGCUUUAUACUGAAUUGUUCGUUCGAAAGUUUUCCCUCCGGUAAAAGACUCAGUUUAUAACUUUCUCCUUAUUUGCUUCAAGAAUUGUUUCAAUGCGGUUAAAAAAAAAUAAAAUUGAGCAGAAAAUUAUAGUUGAAGACAUGCGGAUAUGGUUGACCUCUGUCCAAGAGCUUACUCCAAUUACUUGAAAUAUCACACCAGACUUGACUACAGUUAGAAAAUCGCCAAAUUUAGUAUUUUUUUGAUGUUGUCUUUUGCCUGCUUUGUAUUCAGAGAGGGAAUGUGGAAUGGUGUGCAAGUAAACCUCCCUUCCCUUCUCCUCAAAACCCACUCCAGCCAAUUCGAGAAUUUCCUUAAAUAUUGCUUUAAGGACCGGGGCGAGCUGAUGUGCGUGGCUCUUUAUCAUUUGUUUACCUAUCUCGGACUAAACAGCUCAGCUUGCACUUAACGGAUCAACGCACAAAUGUGACGCUUGCGGUUAUCGACGCCAAUCAAAAGACUCAAUGUCAUUGGCUUAUAUUUGGUUAGGGUCACAAACAAUCUUCAGUUGAUGUUGUUACAAUGGUGGUUAUAUUUAUUAUUCAUUUCAGUCAGUUAGUCUUUAGUCACUUUUUGGACUCGUAAAUUGCCAUUUUGAAAAAGGACUUUGAUCAAAACAUUCUAUAACAGGAGAAAGAAACAUUAUUGACCUCUGUUCAAGAUUUCACAUUUUCUUGCUUGAAAAAUGUCACGCCAGAUACGCGUACAGUCAGCGAUUCACCAAAAUUUAGUAUUUCCCUGUUUUAUUACCUACUUUCCAUUAUGUUAGCAAUGUGAAAUGGUGUCUAAUGCGAGGAAUUUUUACCGACUUUUGUAGAGCGAAGUAAGUUUGAAAAAGAAUUAAGAUGAACGGGUCAAGGCAAAUUACUGUGUUAUUUUUCUGGGGGCAAAAAAAUGGACCAAUGAAACGAAAGCGAAUUCAAUGGUAGUCGGUGAAACAAAUUAUAUUCUUCAUAGAAAGUCGCUAAUUAUUUCAAAUAGAUCUCUUGGCUUAAACUGGGGAAAGUCUUUUACUAAGGCUAUAUUCAUUGGUGUACCCGUCAUUUUGACUUAUCUUGAACGAUCAAUUAUUUCGGGCGAGUGCAACCAAACGUACCCACGAGGAAAUAAAUUAUCUUGUCUCAAUUGACGCAACCCAGUAACCUACUCAGUAAAGUAAUUACUUUAGCGAAUAAAGAGACAUGGCCUGUUGGUAUGACAUUAUGUUCAUUUGAUAAACGCCUUAGAAGUAUUAUCUUUUCCAUUUAUUAUUCCAUUUAGUAUUCCUUUAUUACGCAUGAUCAGUUGCGAAUAUAAUUAUUGACUGAUUACGGUCACAUAAGCUGUGGACAGAAAGUAAACAUUUUUCGGAAUACUUGAAAAAGAAACCAUAAGGAAUAGAAACUUAGUAAUCGUGGCAGUGCUUGAUGCAGAAGGCGCAGAAUAGCUGCUUCCGCCAGAAGGAGUCCAGAAUGUCUAACAGCGUAUAUAAGAAGUUUUGAUAUUCCUUACUUGUUAAUUUAGAAAAUAACUUACAUGUUGCCCUGCGUUUGUUCAGUAAGAAAUCACAGAUAGCGUCAAAAUGUGGUAAGAACAAAAAAGAGGUACGCGAAGCGCAGCUGAGUGUAUCACUGAUGUUUUUACCACAUUUGUGACGUCAUCUGUGAUCUAUUAUUAUAAAGAACCCAGGCAGCAUGGAUUCUAUUUGUUUUCUAUAAUAAAUGCAUUUGUCCUCCAAUAGAUCUUAGGUAAGAACCAAACACAGUGCCUGUGUUUUUUGCUUAUGAUAUAAAAAAAGAACCUAAAGAUAAUUUUGCUGCUUGAGCAGCUUUAAAAGCACGUGAUUCUAAAUUGUUCAACCUUUGAUUGCAGACAGUUCAAGUAUUCCCAAGUUUUCUCAAACUUCUAGAACGGUAUGUAUCAUGUAACUCACUGAUUCGAAAGUAAGUUCCAAGUAACCUUUUAAACGGAAGUUGCGUGACAUGAGACUCACGCAGUCACGGUUAGGUUAAGAUCGAAAUAGGAGAGGUGAUAAUUAGAGUGAUAGGUUUGAGGAGAGAGCGUUGGAAGUUUGUGACGUGGUGAACGUUGAUGACAAACAAUGACAGAAUUUGAGGACUGAGAGUAAAGUGUACCCCACAAGUUCGGUACACUUUUUCUCUAAAUUUAUUUUUGUUUCCGAUCCCUAGCUUCAUAGUAAUCAUUUCUUUCCUUUACGUGCGAUCGUAACCACGGGUUACGAUCGCACGUAAAUUAAAGUUAACUGUCACGUGUGGUGUGUAUCAUCAUCAUCAUCAUCAUCGCUCGUUGGGCCAGUAGGUGCAUAAGGCCGUCACAUUGUCCGCCCAACCCCCCUGUUGCGUGUCGCCGCCCCAGCCACAAUCCAGCUCUUCCAUAUCGCCUUGCCUUUUUCCUCUUUCAACAGUCCCUCUCCAACUGGUCUUUGGUCUCCCUCUCGCCUUGCGACAUUCUGGUGUCCACCCCAAUAUCAGUAUCCGUCUUAGGCAUUAGUACUGAAAACUGUUCAGUUUUCUUUCAUCCAUCUUUGUGAUCUUCCAUGUUUAGCAACCAUGUAGCGGAACCGGUCGGACUAAAGUCUUGAAUAGGCAUAUCAUGUCUCUCUUUCCUAUUCGUCUGGCUACCCACACCUUCCAUAGCCUCUGGAAUGCACCUCGUGCCUUCUGUAUUCUGUUCCUAAUAUUUUCACUGCCUCCACCUUUUUUUUCUACAAUAGCUUCAAGAUACGCAAACUCAUCGACAUCUUUCACUUCUUCACCAUUCACCACUAUGCUCUCCCUGUUCCUUGCAAAAUCUGUCCUCAGUGUCUUGCGGUUGUCUUCCUCAUGAUCCCGCCCAUGGCCGGUAGGAAUAAGAAUCCUGACAUUACGCAACCCUGCUUUAUUCCUGACUAAAUCUUGAACCAGUCUGAUAUCUCAAAUCCGUCGAUUGCGGCGCAUUCAAACCCUCCGUAUAUGCCCAUUUCCACUCUCACCAUCUUGCGCGGUAUUUCAUAGCUCCCCAUGGUGUUCCACAAUCUUUCUCUGUGUACCGAAUCGAGGGCUUUUUUCAAAGUCCCCAAACUGCGUGUGCAGACUCGCCCUCCAGUCGUUUGCCUGCUCUAAGAUGUUUUUUUAAUGUAAAGAUCUGUUCAGUUGUAUUUCCAUUUGGUCUAAAGCCAGCCUGCUCUUUUUUAAGUUUCUUGUCUAUACCUUGCUUAAUCCGUUCUAGCAGCAUCCUGUGGAAUAUUUUACUGAUGAUGGGUAGCAAAGUCACUCCUCUCCAAUUGUUACAAUCACGCAAAUCACCUUUCUUGAAUAUACUGACAACAAGUUCCUUCUUACACACUUCUGGCCACCAUUAACUUUUCUAAAGCCUGUUAUAUCAUCUAAUCAGCCUACUUGCGGUGUAUUCCGUGUCAGCCCUCAGCAGGCUGGGCCCACUUCAUCUACUCCAGCUCCCCUGGCUUUGUCUUCCUCAACGUAUCCUUAACCUCUUGUAUUCGCCAUCUUCCUACAUCCACUUCCUCAAUCUACUCCAGUUCUCUUGUGUCUUUUUUCUCUUCCACCGGGUUUGUUGGGUCAUCUGUGUUUAAAAUUUUAUUCAAGUUUUCUACCCAGCUCUGCAAUCUUUCUUGUGAUUCUGUCUUAAGCACCCCCUGUUCGUCUUUCACACGCAAUUCCCGCCUCCACCGUUCUCGGCUAUUGUCUUGGUUAUGCUGGUUAGCUCCUCGUCUCUACCAUUCUCAGCGGCCUUGUCUGCUGCUGUAGCCCUUUCCUCCAACCAAUUCCUCUUAUCCUCCCUAGCACUCUCUUUCACUUCCUUUUCUCUCCCACUAUACUCCUCUCUCUAUCGCUGUUCAAGUCCUUCCAAUCUCGCACCCUCUAUAUUAAGUUUUGCCUCUUUCCCGUCCUGAAUUGUUCCCCAAGUCUUGUCUCCUGUCCAUGGCUUGCUCUCCUUUUUUGACCUUCCAAUAACUUUCUCUGCGGCAUCUCUGUACGUCACCAAGAUCUUGCCGUGCUUCCUUUGGAUCUUUUAUAUCUCAUAUCGUUGCAAACCUGCUCUUCACGUUAAUGUUAUAUUUCCUCCUGAUCUCUUAACUUUGCAACUAACACAUGUCAAACCUCACACUUGUUUUCUUCUUCCCACGCGCCUUUGCCGACUUUAGUCUCAUUCUGGUUCUCACCUGGUAGUAGUCAUCGUAUAUGUCUGCUCCUCUCAUCACUCUCGUGUCCAGAAUCGAUGGUCUCAUGCGUCCAUUCACAAAGACAUGAUCGAGCUGGUUAAUGGUCUUCCCACCUGGUGAUUUCCAGGUCAGCUUAUGGAUCUCUUUCUGUAGGACACUCUUCCAGUUACAACUAAGCCAUUCGUACCACAGAGGUCACAUAAAUAAAACAAGUCAGAAACUUUUGAUUAAGGCAAAUUUUUUCUAGACCGUACUUCCCCUUUAAUGGUCCUCAUGCAGAUUGGCAUCCAUUCCAUUAAGGCUCUCUUUGUCCUCACACUCAUCAUGAUGGUGACUCCUCCUUGUUAUGGCCCCAGUAGCAACACCCCCGGUUUGAGUGGUAUCUUCGAUGCAUCCGGCUUCUGUAACAUUCAGGUCGUCUGUGUCUCGCAAAAAUACCUAUCGUGGAACCAAGUGAACACUGAAAGAAAAAAACAAAUUAACAAAUAAGGAAGCAAGAAGAUGGUUUCUUUCACGCAUAAAUUGUAUCCCUGAUGCUUUGAACACUUUUCUGUAUUAUACUGACAUUUAAGUUAUGAGUGACAGUAAAUCUUUAUCACUCUCUUUUCCUCCCUUCUAUUUGCCUCUGACUCCACCGAGCAAAUUGUUUUGAAAGCGAGAAUUUUUCAAUUGCCCUUACUUCCUCUCUAGAAUAUAAUUGACAUGUAUCAGCGAAAAUGUCUUUGUAGGUUAAUAAAUAUUCAAAACAAGUACGGCAAAACUGUUAAAGGGUCAGCAAAAGUAUAGCGACCUACCGACAUAACCGAAUUGGGUACUAACAUAACUAUGGUUUUAAUAGGAUGUAACUGAUAAUGGCCACUGUGUUGAAGUACACCACAGAGCAACUGAAUUACUACAGGAUUUGUUACGUUGUCACUGACAUACUAACUGAGGGUCUGCGAACCAUCUUCAAACAAGAAUGGGACAAUCGAUACAAGACAACACUGGGAGAAUGGAAAGAUCAACCCAAAAAUGGAAUGGACUUCUGGAAUGGCGAGUCUACUCGAAACAGAAAAAGAAACGCUGGGCUGUUGACAACCAUGAAGAAUGGCGAUAAAGCUGAAUGGGAUUGUACCAUGCUGUUUUACGCUAUCCUGUAUUCAGAUUGCAUAUAUUCUCUCAAUCCAUCAAUUAGAUCAAAUGUGGAUGACUUAAGGAAAUUUCGAAAUGAAGAAUUUGCACAUAUGCCUAGGGGCCACCUCUCCAAUGGAGAUUUCCAAAAUGUCAUUACUAAGGUUAAAACUGCAUUCCACGCACUCGGUCUCCAGACAUUGAAAAUCAGUGAAGUUCAAAAUCAGACAAACUUCUUAACAGAGGAGUUAAACGAUGUUUUAGGGAAGGCUGACGACUUGAAACAAGAAGUUAAGGACAAGGAAGAGGAACUUCAAGUGAAAGAAGAACAGAGGCUUGCCUUAGAAGAGCAAUUACAUUCCGAUGUCUCUCCAUUUUGCAUUCUCCCUCCUAAACCUAGCCACGACAUCGCUCCUCGGGAAUCUGAAGUUGGUGAAGUUUUACAAAACCUCCAAACACUAAAAGACGCCAAUGAUGGGUUGAGCAUGCUGUAUUUGUCAGGAAAUCCAGGAAGUGGAAAAUCUCAGCUGGCCCGUUUAGCAGCCAAGCGAUUUUACGACGAGGUCGAACAAAUACCUUCCGCAGCUUCAUUUGUCAUGACGUUGAAUGCUGAAAACUCAGAAGCACUUUUGAAAUCGUAUGUCCUUUUCGCUCAACAUUGCAAAUGUCCCGGGUAUGAAAUAACAAACACUUACGGCUCCAAGGAUUUGAACACAGACGAGAAGAUUUCAUAUUUCAAGACCUUAAUAAGUACAAAAAUUGAGCAUUACACUUCAUGGCUGUUGGUAGUUGAUAAUGUGACCAGCGUAUCUCGUACAAGCGAUCAUUUGCCAGAUGCAGGAAACGAGCUGUGGGCAAGGGGUCAGAUGCUAAUAACAACACAAGAUACUGCUUCUAUACCUUUGUCAAGCUCUUCCAUACGAAAUAUCUCAAUCAGCGCAGGAAUGCAUCCUGAUGAUGCAUGCUUUCUGCUUAACCUCCUCACUGGAACCACGGAUGUCAAGAUUGUAAAAGAAACUGCGAAAGUACUCGACUACCAGCCACUUGCCUUGGCAGGCGCAGCCACGUAUGUAAGACAAGUUCGUCAGAAUAAAGCAACCUCGAAAUUUGGAUGGACCGACUAUUUGGAGAAAUUGGAAGAGGGGAAACGAAGUGCUACUGAAAACAUUCUUGCUGAGACAAAUCCAAGCUAUUCAAAGUCCAUGACCAAAGCAAUAACACUUGCCGUCGAAAAGGCGAUGGCAGAUGACAUAAUUUGGCAUCGCACGUUCCUUUUUCUCUCAAUGUGUGCAUCACAGCCGAUCCUGCAAGACAUUAUUACCGAGUAUAUCAAAGUAAUUAGUGACGAUUUUGAAGACGAAAAUAUGAUAAGAAUGAGGAUGAGUCGAUGUUCACUGUUGCUAAUUGAAGAAGAAUCAACUGGUGUUUAUAUUCGAGUCCAUGGUGUCGUUCUUGAUGUUAUUAAAUCUGCUACAAAAGGUUUCGCAAAGGAUCAAAGCUACAAAGUGGUGUAUGGCGCGGUAAUGUCGUUCUCAAAAUUUGAAGAGCUAGAAUCUAUUGUUGUAGGAACAAGAAUAGUUCCCCAUCUUAAAAUGUUGAGCUUAAAAAUUGAAGACAUGUCACUCGGGAAAGGAAUGCCAGAAGCAACCGAAAGAGCCUUGUGUAAUUUUCUGGAUAGCCUUUGUAGCCUUAAUGACAUGUGCCUAAACCACAGUGAGUUUAGAGCAGCGCUGGUCUACGGUAAAUGGCUGUUAAAAAUUCAAAUGAAAAAGCUGGGACCUGAGCAUGUUGAUGUUGCAAGCUCUUACAACAAUCUGGGUACUUUACACAAGGCUCUGGGCGACACAGAUGAAGCAAAAGACUGCUAUAAGCGUGCACUGGAUAUUCGUCUGAAAAAGCUGGGACCUGAGCAUGUUGAUGUUGCAAGCUCUUACAACAAUCUGGGUACUUUACACAAGGCUCAAGGCGACACAGAUGAAGCAAAAGACUGCUAUAAGCGUGCACUGGAUAUUCGUCUGAAAAAGCUGGAACCUGAGCAUGUUGAUGUUGCAAGCUCUUACAACAAUCUGGGUACUUUACACAGUGAUCUGGGUGACACAGAUGAAGCAAAAGACUGCUAUAAGCGUGCACUGGAGAUUCAGAUGAAACAGCUGGGACCUGAGCAUGUUGAUGUUGCAAGGUGUUUCAACAAUCUGGGUAGUUUACACAGUGAUCUGGGCGCCACAGAUGAAGCAAAAGACUGCUAUAAGCGUGCACUGGAGAUUCGUCUGAAAAAGCUGGGACUUGAGCAUGUUGAUGUUGCAAGGUCUUACAACAAUCUGGGUACUUUACACAGUGAUCUGGGCGACACAGCUGAAGCAAAAGACUGCUAUAAGCGUGCACUGGAGAUUCAGAUGAAAAAGCUGGGACUUGAGCAUGUUGAUGUUGCGAGCUCUUACAACAAUCUGGGUACUUUACACAUGGCUCUGGGCGACACAGAUGAAGCAAAAGACUGCUAUAAGCGUGCACUGGAGAUUCGUCUGAAGAAGCUGGGACCUGAGCAUGUUGAUGUGGCAGGGUCUUACAACAAUCUGGGUAGUUUACACAGAGAUCUGGGCGACACAGAUGAAGCAAAAGACUGCUAUAAGCGUGCACUGAAGAUUCGUCUUAAAAAGCUGGGACCCGAGCAUGUUGAUGUUGCAAGCUCUUACAACAAUCUGGGUACUUUACACAUGGCUCUGGGCGACACAGAUGAAGCAAAAGACUGCUAUAAGCGUGGACUGGAGAUUAAGAUAAAAAAGCUUGGACCUGAGCAUGUUGAUGUUGCAAGCUCUUACAACAAUCUGGGUACUUUACACAGCCAUCUGGGCGACACAGAUGAAGCAAAAGACUGUUAUAAGCGUGCACUGGAUAUUCGUCUGAAAAAGCUGGGACCUGAACAUGCUGAUGUUGCAAGCUCUUAUAACAAUCUGGGUAUUUUACACAGUGAUCUGGGCGACACAGAUGAAGCAGAAGACUGCUAUAAGCGUGCAUUGGAGAUGCGUCUGAAAAAGCUGGGACCCGAGCAUGUUGAUGUUGCAAGCUCUUACAACAAUCUGGGUACUUUACACAGAGAUCUGGGCGACACAGAUGAAGCAAAAGACUGCUAUAAGCGUGCACUGGAGAUUCGUCUGAAAAAGCUGGGACCCGAGCAUGUUGAUGUUGCAAGCUCUUACAACAAUCUGGGUACUUUACACAGAGAUCUGGGCGACACAGAUGAAGCAAAAGACUGCUAUAAGCGUGCACUGGAGAUUCGUCUGAAAAAGCUGGGACCCGAGCAUGUUGAUGUUGCAAGCUCUUACAACAAUCUGGGUAAUUUACACAGGGAUCUGGGCGAUACAGAUGAAGCAAAAGACUGCUAUAAGCGUGCACUGGUAAUUUAUAUCUUCAAGUAUGGUCAAGAACAUUUA